AUGUCGACGGUGCAUGGGAACCUUUCCCAUGCCAUGAGAGAUAACUAUAAUGAACAUGGGGUAGAUGAGUAUUACCGGAAGGUAGCGGCAACGUAUCGUAACCCGUUCUUUCCUGGUAUAAAGAAGGUAAUAUGGACAUUUAUGAAUAGGUGGUGGGAGGCCGAGGGUCGUUCCCUGUUUGUAUCAGAAAUCAGACAAAAUGGUUUGAGGGUUCUCGAUAUGGCCGCUGGAAGUGGAGAGGCGACUCUGUGUCUACUGGAAUGGGCUCAAAAGGGAAAGAAUCCGGUGUCUUCGAAUAAUUUUACUCAACCUUCGUCGUCCAGUAACCCAGCGCUGUCCAAUCGCUCCACCGUGCCUGAUCCACUGGCGGCAUUGCGCGCAAUAUCUUCCGCUGGUGCAAGCGCAACAAGUAGACCUGCCUUCAUACCGCCAACUGUUAGACGGCCGGCAGUCGGGGGCAAGAAGGGAAAACAAGUGUUCGGAAGAAUGGAUCCACCCCAGCUGCCUGACCAUUUCGAACUCGAUAUUAUCGCUACCGAUCCUUAUACAUCACCCGCUUACACGGACCGCACAUCUAGUCCAUGUCAUCCUCUUUCUUUCAAUGAUCUUGCCAAUGGUCUAGUACCUCCCAAUCCCGGUGCAUCGUCACCGCCAAAUGCGGAACCAGUAUGGGAUAUGAUAAUAUGCUCUUUCGCUCUACAUCUUGUCACCUCGCCCUCCGAAUUGUUUGCAUUGCUUUUUGAGCUGAGCAAUAAGGCAAGAUGGUUAAUAGUUGUAGCUCCUCACAAGAAACCAGAGAUAAAGGAAACAUGGGGUUGGUCAAGAUACGAUAUCGCUUCAUGGACUGUAGCAGGAGAGUCUAAAUUGUAUGGAGGAGGCGGAAAAGGAUAUACAGAUGAAGAUAACGAAGAAGAGACUGAACUAGAGAUUAUCCGAGACAAGGUAAAGUUGAGGUUGUAUAGAAGUAACGCAUUUUAG